GAGAGCAAGGUUGUCCUUCCUCGGCCCCCGUUACAACAUUUAGGAAGGUUUAUGGAGUGGGCCAGAUUUGUCUUUGAUACGGCAGAGACCAUAACCUGGCCCAUUGGACUGAACUGUGGACAGGACUGAUGGCUCGUCGAAAUCGACUUCGCUCGGCGGAUUGAUAAAUAAAGGCUACUUCACCGUACCUUUGGGGGGACCUCACCCUCCCCUCAGGCAAAUCCGUCACCCUUCCCCUGUUUCUCUUCUUUCCAGCCGUACCUAAGCCAAAGCUGCCACUGCCAAGCUGUCAGACAUGUCAGGACCUUUGCCAAGCCGGGCGCGAGUGUACACAGAGGUCAACACUCAUCGCCCGAGGGAAUACUGGGACUAUGAGUCACAUGUUGUGGAAUGGGGAAAUCAAGAUGACUUUCAGCUGGUGCGCAAGUUGGGACGCGGCAAGUACAGCGAAGUGUUCGAGGCAGUCAACAUCACCAACAACGAGAAGGUGGUGGUAAAGAUCCUAAAGCCAGUGAAGAAGAAGAAAAUCAAACGCGAGAUUAAGAUUUUAGAAAACCUGCGUGGAGGUCCUAAUAUUAUUUCUCUCAUCGAUAUAGUAAAGGACCCUGUAUCCCGGACACCUGCUUUGGUUUUUGAGCAUGUAAACAACACAGACUUUAAGCAACUGUACCAAACUCUGACAGACUCCGACAUCCGCUUCUACAUGUACGAGAUCCUCAAGGCACUCGAUUACUGCCACAGCAUGGGAAUCAUGCACAGAGACGUGAAGCCACAUAACGUCAUGAUCGAUCACGAGCAUCGAAAGCUGCGGCUUAUUGACUGGGGCCUGGCAGAGUUUUACCAUCCAGGACAGGAGUACAACGUGAGAGUCGCCUCGCGAUACUUUAAAGGACCUGAGCUCUUGGUGGACUACCAGAUGUAUGACUACAGUCUGGACAUGUGGAGCCUGGGCUGCAUGUUGGCAAGCAUGAUCUUCAGGAAGGAACCAUUUUUCCACGGUCAUGACAACUACGACCAGUUGGUGAGAAUAGCCAAAGUUUUGGGAACAGAAGACCUCUACGAUUAUAUUGACAAGUACAGCAUCGAGCUGGAACCUCGCUUCAAUGACAUUCUGGGAAGACAUUCUCGUAAACGGUGGGAGCGCUUCGUCCACAGCGAGAAUCAGCACCUGGUCAGCGCCGAGGCUCUAGAUUUCCUCGACAAGCUUCUGCGCUACGACCACCAGGCCCGAGUGACCGCCCGCGAGGCAAUGGACCACCCGUACUUCUUCUCCAUUGUGAAGGAGCAGUCUGGUAUGGCUGGAUCAGCCAACUUUCCAGGCGAUAACUCCGCUGUUACUGCAGCCAGCAUGGUCACUGGUAUCUCUGCCUUGCCGGCCUCCACUGCCCUCGGCCCUCUCAGCGGCUCCACAGUCUUAUCGGCUAACACAAACUCCAUGAGCAGCCCGGUGGCCGCUGCUCCGCAGUGACAACCAGCGUAGCCUCUCCAUCCUCAGUCCAGCAGGACUCUGGCCGAAUGCGGAAGGGGCCAGAGCGGGCAGCUGCUGCGCCACAUAACCAUUUGAACAGGAGGCCACAUUUCUUUUUAUUAUUUUUUUAAAUAACUUUUUUGUUUGUUUAGGUUAUUUAUUUAUGUUACUUCUCCAGUAAGAUCCAAAAUGUUAACUUUAUAAGUGAAAUUAAAUUUUGUUUCAAAAAUGUA